CCACGGUGGUGUGCUAGUGCCUAGUGACUGGUGAGUAGCGCGUGCCUAGGCAGCGCGAACGAGCACAGGCGAGAGGGGAAAGCGAGGUACUUGGAGAGAUGGCCAGCAGGCUGGACACGCGGACGCUGAGGGACGAGGUGGCGAGCAUGGACAAGCGCUGGCUCCUGGACCUCGGCCACCCGCUCAUCAACCGCGUCGCUGACAGCUUCAUCCGCGCCGCCGGGGUCGGGGCCGCCCGGGCGGUCUCUCGGGAGGCCUACUUCGUCACCGUCGAACGGCUUUCAGGAGACUCGGCUGGGUUGGACGCCAACGGCCCCAAGAGGAGCCAUUUCUCCAGCAUCAGAGGGGAUGAUGGCCAGAAGUCGCUCGACGCAGUGGGAAAAUCGGCUGCCAAGGAGGCAUUCCAGUGGGGUUUGGCGGCCGGGGUUCACUCUGGGAUAACGUACGGCUUAAGGGAGGCUAGAGGAUGCCAUGACUGGAAGAACAGUGCGAUCGCUGGUGCGAUUGCCGGCGUGGCGGUGGCGCUGACGGGGGACGCAAGCGGGCGCUCCGACAUGAUCGUCCAUUUCGCCAUCACCGGCGCCGGGCUCUCCGGUGCUGCGAGCCUGCUCUCCGGCGUAUUCUGAGCACAGGAUCGACACGGGGUGGUGUACGGUUAGGUUCGAGGGUUUAGCAUAAAAGUUGCAUUUCAGCUCAUCGACCCUAAAUGGAAUGUGUUCCAAGAUCCAUGUUUAGCUUCCUGCUAGUCUGGCACUAUGCACUUCCAAUGUAAUCGUUUCUUGGUUUAUGUGUUUCUAAGACACUUCUAAAUUUAUCAUUUCGA